CAUCCACUCUGGGGAAGAGCCACAGUCCUCAGCCAGGCCAAGCCAAGAUCCUACCGCACCAGUGCUCUCUGCCCAUCUCACUCUCACCAUGAGCUGUUUCCUGCAGAAUUCCUCCGCUAGCUAUGGGGGUGGCUCCUGCAAGCUGGGAGGAGGUCGCAGUAUCUCUAGCGGCUCAACCCGGUUUUGCUCUGGGGGAUCAGCUGGGGGCUUUGGGGGUGGCAUAAGCUGCGGCUUUGGUGGAGGGGCUGGUAGUGGUUUGGGUGGAGGCUUUGGAGGUGGCCUUGGAGGUGGCAGCUUUGGUGGGUGUUUUGGUGGUGGCUUUGGUGACUUCGGUGGAGGAUAUGGUGGUGGCCUUGGCGUCAGCCUCAGUGGUGGCGAUGGCGGCCUCCUCUCUGGCAACGAGAAGAUCACCAUGCAGAACCUCAACAGCCGCCUGGCCUCCUACCUGGAGAAGGUGCACACCCUGGAGGAGGCCAACGCUGACCUGGAGGUGAAGAUCCGCGACUGGCAUCUGAAGAAGAGCCCAACCAGCCCGGAGCAGGACUACAGCUCCUACUUCAAGACCAUCGAGGACCUCCGGGACAAGAUCUUGGCGGCCACCAUUGACAACAACCGGAUCAUUCUGGAGAUUGACAACUCCAGGCUGGCUGCCGACGACUUCAGGCUCAAGUAUGAGAACGAGCUGGCCCUGCGCCAGAGCGUGGAGGCCGACAUCAACGGCCUACGCAGGGUGCUGGACGAACUGACCCUGAUGAAGACCGACCUGGAGAUGCAGAUCGAGAGCCUGAACGAGGAGCUGGCCUACCUGAAGAAAAACCACGAGGAGGAGAUGAAGGAGCUCAGAAACCAGGUGGUCGGCCAGGUCAGUGUGGAGAUGGACGCCACCCCAGGCAUUGACCUAAGCCGCGUGCUGGCAGAGAUGAGGGAGCAGUACGAGGCCAUGGCGGAGAAGAACCGCCGGGAUGCCGAGGAAUGGUUCAACAGCAAGAGUGAAGAGCUGACCAAGGAGGUGUCUUCCAGCACUGCCAUUAUCCAGACCAGUAAGACGGAGAUCACGGAGCUCAGGCGUACGCUCCAGGGUCUGGAGAUUGAGCUGCAGUCCCAGCUGAGCAUGAAAGCCGGGCUGGAGAGCACGCUGGCGGAGACCGAGUGCCGCUACGCCCUGCAGCUGCAGCAGAUCCAGGGCUUCAUCAGCAGCAUCGAGGCCCAGCUGAGCGAGCUCCGCAGUGAGAUGGAGUGCCAGAGCCAGGAGUACAAGAUGCUGCUGGACAUCAAGGCGCGGCUGGAGCAGGAGAUCGCCACCUACCGCAGCCUGCUGGAGGGCCAGGACGCCAAGCUUCCCGGCUUCCCCAAAGGAGGAACCAUCAGCAGCCAAGGCAGCACCAUCUCUACUAGCGGCACCACCUCCACUCGCCGCGUUUCAGAAAAAAAUAGGCCUUAAAUCUGCCGGGCAGCCCCUCGCUCUGUCUUCAGUGCCCAGAGGAGAGAGCUGACGGUUCCCUGCAGGAGCAAAGGAGGGACUGCAGGACCCGAGGCUCGGCCACUCCGCUCUCAGCCCGCACCCUCCCAAGGGCAGCCACUUCCCGCCCUUCUCUCUGGGUCUGCUUUCUCUUCCCCCUGACCUGCCUCCUCUGAUUCCUCAGCUUCUCUACUAAAAAGAAAAGCUAAUUCAAUAAAGUUUCCCACUUUCUUGCAAAUGUA